CAUUCUUACGAGAUGAGCUGUGGUGAAUACUCUGGCACAGCUGGUGAUUCCCUUACUGGUGGAUUUCACCCUGAAGUAAAAUGGUGGGCUGAUCAUCAAGGAAUGAAAUUCAGUACUAGAGACAGGGACAAUGACAACUAUGAAGGGAACUGUGCUGAAGAGGAAAAGGCUGGCUGGUGGUUUAACAGGUGUCACUCUGCCAACUUGAACGGUUUGUACUACAAAGGCCCCUAUACUGCAAAGACAGACAACGGGAUUGUUUGGUACACUUGGCAUGGGUGGUGGUAUUCUCUGAAAUCCGUUGUCAUGAAGGUCAGACCAGCAGACUUUGAACCUAAUAUUGUUUAA